AUGGAGGAAAUUUCGCCAUCGGCCGCGGCCCAGGUUCCACCUUUCGAAGCUGCUGCGCGCACUAGUGAGGCCGUUACAAGUGACGAAUCAGAAGGAACUUCGUCUUCAUACGAUUCGGACCAAUUUCUUUCGGAUAACGAAAUGCGAGAUCACAAAGACCCCGAGCGGAAACGCGAACCAGAACCGGAACGGGAGCCGGAGCAGCCUUCGGUGGAUGACGGUGUCACGGAGGAAACCGAGAGCCAGCCUCGAGUUCAUCGUAUCAUGCCGCGACACGUUCCCGAACCUGAGCCUGAACCCGAACCCACCCCUGUGGAGGAGCCCGAGGAGGAGGAACCUGAGGAGAGGAGGUACGACAGCGACUCUGACCGGGAUGUGCGAUCGUCGGAUAGCGAUUACGACUAUCACUACGGCCGUAGGCCGUACUCGAGUAGCAGGCAUGGAAUUUCAAGCAGCGAUUACGAGGAAUUCGACAUCAGUUCCGCGCCUAGGGGAAGGAACAGGGGCCUGUCGGCACGCUGCCACUACUACAACGAGCCCGAGGAGCCAAAGGUGGCGGAGUCCGCCGGCGGUGCCCCCGGGUCGUAUGACGUAGCCGUCAGGCGAAAGCCCUUGAUCAUCAGGGCGAAGAACUGCGUUCAAAACAUGGCUCGAAAGCCGUACGACGCGGUGGCCAAGCUGACGCGCUACUGCAAGAAGCAAUUCAGCUAG